GAAACUUGAAACUAAUAAAAAAAAUAUAAAUCUCUUUGUUACAAUAUUCUUUUAUUUAUUUAUUGAAAAUAUUUCUAUUUUUAAUCCAAUAUCUAAGAUUGUUGUCUUGAAAGAAAUGAUUGUCAGAAAUAGGAUCUUUGUUCGGGGAUUUUGAAGGAGUGGUUAGGGGAUCAAAUAGUUUUGCCCUAAUCCAACAACUGAAUGAAUAAAUUAACUUAAUAUGUAUUAAUAUUAGGAAUAACGAUUUGAAAAUGUUGUUGGAAAUUAUUAGUUAUUUAGAGUUAUUAGAGUUAUAAAAUAUUUAUUUGUUUCAUUAGGCCUAUUUUAUAUUAUUCAAUGAAUAUUUUAUUUAUACAUUGAAUAGAAAAAAGAAUACAAAAGAAAUAAUAAAAAAAGAUACAAAAGAACUUGCUAGAGAACAAAUUUAAAUAGUGACACAGCUAGCGUAGGCAAAGAUUUUUUCAUAACUCUUGAUAUCAGAGUAUCCUCUAGAAUCCUUUACAAAAGCACAUAUAAAAAAAAUAUAUAUUUUAUUUUAGUGUUUUCAUAAUUAAAAAAAAUAACAAUAAUUUUUAACAGUAGAAAUAAAUAUAUUAAAAUUGUAAGUAGCUCAAUAAACAUACAAAGAAAAGUGUAAUUAAUUAGGACAAAACAUUUUGAGUCUGAAAUAAAUCAUUAUAUCACAAAGAAAACUAUCCUUUGCCCAAUAUUGUCAGUAGGAGGCGCCUUGGAGUCUUAGCAAACACUACAACAGCAUUUUUAUUUGUGACUCCAACAAGUCACAAAAAGAGAAAGUUUGGUAUUUUUUGAAGAAAUACAAAUGGAGGUGGGACUUAUUAAUUCAACUGGUAGAUACCUGACAGCUGAAUUCUUUGGAUUCAGAAUUAAUGCAACUGCAACAACUUUGGGAAAGAAACAAUGUUGGUUUAUUGAACCUGGUGAUAAUAAUGUUUUCUACAUAAGAUCUCAUCUUGGACGAUAUUUAAGUGGUGAUGAAAAGGGAAAUGUCUCAUGUACAUCAGAAAGUAAAGGACCUAAUGAGCAAUUUAUUAUUGAGUAUUGUCCAGAAAAUUCAGGACGCUGGGCUCUCCGGAAUCAGCAAACAAGUCGCUAUUUUGGAGGCAAUGAAGACCUUUUGAAAUGUUAUGAGAAAGAACCAACUUCCAUGGAAUGGUGGAUUCCACAUUUGGCCAUUCAUCCUCAAAUAAAUUUACAACAUGUCCAUAGAAAGACAGUUGCUUGUCUAAAAGACAACAGCUUGUUAUGCUUGAAGACCAUUCCAUGGGGUAGUGAUAGUCUUAUCACCAUUGAUUGGGAAGGUAAAGAUGGAGAAGCAAAAUACAGUUUGAAAUCAGCUAAUAAUCUUUACCUUGAACAAAAUGGAGAUUUAAAGGAAAACUCAUCACAGGCAUGUUUAUACAGACUUGAGGUUAUAUGUGGACUUAAAGGUGGUUUGGCAUUUAAAGAUGAAGCUGAAAAAUAUCUUACUGCAGUUGGACCAUAUGGAAAAAUGCAAACAAGAAAAGGCACAAUUGGCAUGGAAGAAUCAUUCAUAUUCCAAAACAGUUAUCCACAAGGAGCAAUGUUGGCACAAAAUCACAGGAAUGUGUCAAUUCGGCAAGGUGUAUCGUUAUUAGCUAAUCAACAAGAAUUGGAAGAUAAUGAAAUACAUCAACUUGAAUUUGAGAAAGAAAGUGGAGGUUGGUCCUUUAGAGCUGCAAAUGGUAAAUUAUGGACAGUGGUCAAUGAUGGUAUUGAUGCAAUAGCUGACAAGAAAAGUAAACACAUACUAUUUGAUUUAGAAUACUUUUCAGAUGGUUGGAUGGCAGUUAAAGCAAGGGUUAGCAAGAAGUACCUCACUUUAAAAGACUCUAGCGGAAAAUUAUCAGCAGCAAGUACCCAUCCUGAAAAAUUUUUAUUCUCCAUGAUUAACAGACCUAUAAUUGUAUUACGUACUGAAUAUGGAUUCAUAGGGUACAAUCAAUAUGACAUGUCGAUAAAAUGUGAUAAUAAUUUAUCUCAUACUUUCUUUUUGGAGCACAGAAAUGGUGAAUAUCAUAUUAAAGAGAAGCAAAACACUGGCAAUUAUUGCUGGACAGUGACAAGUAAUAAGAAAGUUAUGUUACAUGAUGGUGUAGCAUAUCCAUUCUACUUUGAGCAUUCAUCACAAAAUAAAUUUGUUAUAAGAACGCAAGCAAAUGUUUAUAUUAAGUGUGAACAAAAUGGUACUGUGAAGGCAGAAGCCAACAGACAAAAUGCAACAGAAAUCGAAUUUUAGAAAAAAAACUAUCUUUGCAAAAUUUUUAACAACACUUCUACUUCUCUGAAUGAGUAGAUAAUGUAUGCUUUGGGUUAUUCCUAAAAAUGUUUUCCAGUUUUGCAGUGGUUUUUAAAAAGUUUUAAAAAAAAUUAUACCUAUUGGAGUUAAUAUAACUUUUGAAGUGAUUAUAUCUGUGAUUUUGUUAGGGUUUGAGGUUGGGGUUUAGGGGAGGGUUAUAAAAAAUUUUUAGGGUUUAGGUUGUUUUGGUAGGGUUGAAAUCCACUCACAAAACUGUACUUGAUGAUAGUAUUGUGAUAGGCUAGAGUUUAAGUUAUUGGAUAUGUGGCAUAUAUAAACCACACUGUCUUGUGCUGGUUAGGGAACUGGUUAGUACCACUUCCACUGUUUCUUUGAGUACCAGGGUUAGGGUUUUUCAAUUUAAUUUUGACAAAAGUCAAAAUUAUAAUAAAGUAGUUUUUCAACUAAGCUAUAAAUGUGUUAAAUAGUUGACCUAUGCUUAAGAUUAUUAGGGUUAAGACAAAAAUGUUAUGGUUUUGCAAAUAAUUUCUAAACUAAAAAAGAUGUAUUAAAAGAAAGUGAUCUAAAACAAAAAAAUCUAAUGCUAUCACUACUUAACUCUAUUUGAUCACCAUUGUCAAUACAGCUUUGCCAGUGUGAUAGCAAUGCCUAAUAACUCCUUUCUUAUCGUAACUUUGUGACUCAUGAUUUUCUCCCCUAAGAGAAUUUUUCAAAUUUCCAAAUAAUAAAAGUUGGAUGGAGGUAAAUCAAGUGAGUUGGGAGAUGAAUGAGAACUGCCUACAGUGUUUUGUCAAGAAUAUUUGAUAUGUUUUGAUCAAAGUGACAGAUCCAGGUCUCAUUACCUGUCACAAUUUUCUCAGAAAAGGCAUUCCCUUCAUUUUCAACUCUACAAAUAAGGCAACUGUAAGAUUUUCACCCUGUCUUCUUUCUGGUCUGAUAUUAGAUCACACAGAAUCCACUUAGCAGAAACUGUGUGAAUCUUUUAUGGCUUUUAGGAAUUUUUGUACAGCACUGUGCUUUUUUGUAUUGUAAUUAUAGGAACUUUUAGUUUGUCACAAUCAAAUUUGUGCUUUCCAAUCAUUUAUCAAUCCACGAAAGUACUCACACCACAUAAACCUUUAAUACACCAGUAUUUCAUUCAAAGGACCUUUAGUCGUAAACAAGUUUCUAGUUCUAAACAAGCAACUUUUAACAAGUUGGUCAUUAGAAAAGUGAACUGCUGACUGGCAAAAUUUGUAGAGUUGAUAUAUUAUGCCAAUAGUUCAUAAUUCACAGAUCAUACUUAUUCACACAAAAACAAUUGUAUCAUUUUGGAUAAAGGAAAAGUCUAAAUUUGGUUCCAUAUUUCUUACUUUUGCAUUGUUCUGGAGAACAGAUUAUGA